CUGGCUUCAUAGAACUUAGUAUAUCUGUAAUCGGAUGCUUUUAUAGGAGAAUUAAACUCUAAUCAACAAAUUGGCAUGGCUUCUCGAGUGGAAAUUGAUGAUGAAGUUGAAAACAAAGGUACCAUGUGGGACUUGGAACAUAAUCUUGAUCAACCCAUGGAUGAUGAAGCUGGAAAACUCAGGAAUAUGCACGGUGAAAAGAAAUUCUCUGCACUAUUGCUUGUUCAACUUGCGGUUCAGAGUCUUGGAGUGGUGUAUGGAGACUUAGGAACUUCUCCUCUGUAUGUAUUUUACAAUACUUUCCCUCAUGGAAUAAAGGAUGAUGAAGAUGUUAUUGGUGCUCUUUCAUUGAUUAUAUAUUCCCUCACUCUCAUUCCCCUGUUGAAGUAUGUGUUCAUAGUUUGCAAGGCAAAUGAUAAUGGACAAGGUGGAACGUUAGCACUUUACUCCCUGCUAUGUCGACAUGCUAAGAUCAGGAUAAUUCCUAAUCAGCACAAAACUGAUGAGGAGUUGACAACAUAUAGUCGCAGCACAAUUCACGAGCAUUCCUGUGCUGCAAAAACCAAGAGAUGGCUAGAAAGGUAUACUUUCACAAAGAAUGUGCUUCUUGUUCUUGUCCUUGUUGGUACUUGCAUGGUGAUCGGCGAUGGAAUCCUUACUCCAGCUAUAUCAGUUCUUUCAGCUGUUGGUGGUAUAAAAGUAAACCAACCCAAGUUGAAUAAUGAUGUAGUCAUCACUGUUGCAGUUGUCAUUUUGGUUGCUUUGUUUAGUAUGCAACACUAUGGAACUGAUAAAGUUGGGUGGCUCUUUGCUCCAAUCGUACUGGUUUGGUUUAUUUCAAUUGGAGGUAUUGGAAUAUACAAUAUUUGGAAGUAUGGUAGCAGUGUUUUACGAGCUUUUUCACCUGUGUAUAUAUACCGAUAUUUCAAAAGGGGAGGAAGAGAAAGCUGGACCUCUCUUGGAGGAAUCAUGCUUAGCAUCACUGGAACAGAAGCACUCUUUGCUGAUCUAGCUCAUUUUCCAGUUGCGGCUAUACAGCUUGCUUUCACUGUGUUGGUUUUUCCUUGCCUUCUAUUGGCUUAUUCAGGACAAGCUGCAUACAUCAUGAAAAACCAGGACCAUGUUAAGGAUGCGUUCUAUAAAUCCAUCCCGGAGAGUGUAUAUUGGCCAAUGUUCAUCGUGGCGACUUUAGCUGCAAUUGUUGCCAGCCAAGCAACUAUAUCUGCUACUUUUUCAAUAAUAAAACAGGCCCACGCUCUUGGAUGUUUUCCCAGAGUAAAAGUUGUGCAUACUUCGAAGAAGUUCUUGGGGCAGAUUUAUAUACCAGACAUUAAUUGGAUCCUGUUGAUUCUUUGCAUUGCUGUUACAGCUGGAUUCAAAAAUCAAAACCAAAUUGGCAAUGCCUAUGGGACUGCGGUUGUGAUUGUCAUGCUAGUGACCACACUUCUAAUGAUUCUAAUCAUGGUUCUCGUGUGGCGAUGGCAUUGGAUUUUAGUCAUCCUCAUAACCGCCUUUUCUCUCGUUGUCGAAUGCACCUACUUCAGUGCCGUACUAAUCAAAGUGGGUCAAGGCGGGUGGGCCCCACUCGUGAUCGCGACAGCCUUCCUCAUCAUCAUGUACUCGUGGCAUUACGGCACGCUCAAACGCUACGAGUUCGAGAUGCACAGCAAGGUCUCAAUGGCAUGGGUUCUCGGGCUCGGCCCGAGUCUGGGCCUGGUCCGAGUCCCGGGAAUCGGGCUCGUGUACACCGAACUCGCGAGCGGUGUUCCCCGCAUGUUCUCCCACUUGAUAACCAACCUACCCGCAACUCAUUCCGUGGUUGUAUUCGUUUGCGUGAAAUACCUCCCCGUGUACACGGUCCCUGAGGACGAAAGAUUCCUCGUGAAACGGAUCGGGCCCAAGAAUUUCCACAUGUUCCGAUGUGUCGCGAGGUACGGGUACAAGGACCUUCACAAGAAAGACGACGCGUUCGAGAAGAAACUUUUUGAGAAUCUAUUCACGUUCGUGAGGUUGGACUUGAUGAUGGAGAUGGAAGCGUGCUCAGACUCGGACUACUCAGUGUACAACGAGCACGAGUGUACGAGAGAAGCAAACGAAAUCGUGGAUCUCAUGGUCUCGUCAGCGGCUGAGGACACGAUCGUGACUUUGUCAUCUACGGGGGAGCAGGAAAACAGUCAUGGGGGAGAGCUCGACGAGAUGGAGUUGUUGUCGAGGUGUAGAGAUGCCGGAGUUGUGCAUAUUCUUGGGAAUACGGUGGUGAGAGCGAGCCGCGGUUCGAGUUUUGUGAAGAAAAUUGUUGUGAAUCACGUGUAUGCGCUCCUUAGAAAGAUAUGUCGCGAAAAUAGUGUCAUUUUCAAUAUUCCACAUGAAAGCCUUUUAAACGUUGGCCAGGUGUGUUAUGUAUGAAGAUUUUACUGUC